AAAUCCCACGUUCAAAACCCUAACCCUAACCCUGAAUCAUCCUAAAACUCGCUGCCUCUUUCUCUCACUCUCACGGCGGAAGCCAGAGACUGUGAUCCAAAAUGAAGUUCAAUAUCGCAAAUCCUACUACAGGAUGUCAGAAGAAGCUCGAGAUUGAUGACGAUCAGAAACUCCGAGCAUUUUAUGACAAGAGGAUCUCACAGGAGGUCAAUGGGGAUGCACUGGGUGAGGAGUUCAAGGGCUAUGUUUUCAAGAUCAUGGGUGGUUGUGACAAGCAAGGGUUUCCCAUGAAGCAGGGAGUACUGACUCCUGGCCGUGUUAGUCUUUUGCUUCAUAGGGGUACCCCAUGCUUCCGUGGAUAUGGAAGACGUAAUGGAGAGCGAAGGAGGAAGGCUGUUCGUGGGUGCAUUGUCAGCCAAGACCUCUCUGUUUUGAACUUGGUUAUAGUGAAGAAGGGUGAGAGCGAUCUUCCUGGAUUGACCGACACAGAGAAACCUAGGAUGAGGGGUCCAAAGAGAGCUUCUAAGAUUCGAAAGCUCUUCAACCUCUCUAAGGAGGAUGAUGUUCGGAAGUAUGUCAACACAUAUCGUCGAACCUUCACUACAAAAUCUGGGAAGAAAUGCAGUAAAGCCCCUAAGAUUCAGAGGCUGGUGACCCCAUUGACUCUGCAGAGGAAGCGUGCAAGGAUUGCAGAGAAGAAGCAGAGAAUUGCAAAGGCAAAGUCAGAGGCAGCCGAGUACCAAAAGCUCCUUGCAACCAGGUUGAAGGAGCAGCGAGAACGCCGCAGUGAGAGCUUAGCAAAGAGGAGAUCCAGGCUGUCUGCUGCCUCAAAGCCAUCAGUUGCUGCAUAAAUUUGGCUUUUACGGUCCGGGCAAAGGGCCUGAUAUUUCCCAGUGGUUCAGGUUUUUUAGUAGUCUUAUUCUAUACUUGAUCCUUUUUGGUGAUUAUGGAUUCUGUUUAUGUUUUGUUUCUUAGACACUGAGAGUUGGUUUGGAUUUUCCGGGCAUGUUGUGUGUUAAACACUCUAUUUAGCAGCGAUAGACAGUUACUACUUAUGAUUGCUGCCAUGCGAAUUUGCAGGGGAAUGUUUUUAACAUUAAAUGAAUGGAAGAGGAAUGUUUUCUGUUUAAA